GCUGUUUGCCUCCUGCUCGUCGGUGUUCUGUUUAUGCUAACGGGCUAACUCGGUUUCAUUCAGAUGGCGAACAGAACCGUUAAAGAUGCCAACAGUAUCCACGGAACCAACCCGCAGUACCUGGUGGAGAAAAUCAUCCGAACCCGAAUCUACGAGUCCAAAUACUGGAAGGAGGAGUGCUUCGGGCUCACGGCGGAGCUGGUGGUGGACAAAGCCAUGGAGUUGAAGUUUGUUGGAGGAGUUUACGGUGGAAACAUCAAACCGACUCCGUUCCUCUGCCUGACGCUGAAGAUGCUUCAGAUCCAGCCUGAGAAAGACAUCAUCGUCGAGUUCAUUAAAAACGAGGAUUUUAAGUACGUUCGUCUGCUGGGAGCGAUGUACAUGAGGUUAACGGGCACCGCCGUGGACUGCUACAAAUACCUGGAGCCGCUGUACAACGACUACAGAAAGGUCAAGUGUCAGAACAGAAACGGAGAGUUUGAGCUGGUGCACGUUGACGAGUUAAUCGACGAGCUUCUUCACGCAGAGCGGGUCUGUGACAUCAUCCUGCCCCGACUUCAGAAGAGACAGGUUCUGGAGGAGGCUGAGAUGUUGGACCCACGGAUCAGCGCUCUGGAGGAAGACCUGGAUGAAGUGGAGAGCAGCGAGGAAGAAGAUGAUGAAGAAGAAAAGGUGGAGAGGCUGCCGAGCCCUGAACCACACCGACGGAGUUACCGUGACAACGACCGGCCUCGCCGCUCCCCGUCGCCCCGUUACAGGCGCAGCCGCUCGCCCAGACGGAGGAGCCGAUCUCCAAAGAGACGAAGCCCGUCGCCUCGCAGAGAACGCCAUCGCAGCAAGAGCCCCCGCCGGCACCGCAGCCGGUCCAGAGACAGACGGCACCGCUCCAAAUCCCCCG